AUGUCUGCCUCAACCCGUAUUCCUCCUAUCGCCCAGCCCUUCGUUAGCGAACGGGCUAAGAAGACUCUCGACUUGGUCGAGGAGUUCGUCGAGAAGGAUUGUAUCCCCGGCGAUGCUGUCUUCUCUGCCGAGCUGGGCGAAGGUGAAAAGCGAUGGCAAACCACCCCCAUCAUCAUGGAGCAGCUGAAGGAGAAGGCCAAGAAGCUCGGCCUGUGGAACAUGUUCCUGUCCAAGACUCACUUCAAGCAAGGUGCUGGCUUCUCAAACCUCGAGUAUGGCUUGAUGGCCGAGCUCCUUGGUAAGAGCAAGAUCGCCUCCGAGGCCACCAACAAUGCCGCCCCGGAUACUGGUAACAUGGAGGUGCUGGCCAAGUACGGCAAUGAUGCCCAGAAGCAGCAAUGGCUGGUUCCCCUGCUGGAGGGCAAGAUCCGUUCUGCUUUCCUGAUGACCGAGCCCGAUGUUGCGUCUAGCGAUGCCACCAACAUCGAGCUGGACAUCCGCCGCGAGGGCAAUGAGUAUGUCCUCAAUGGAUCCAAAUGGUGGUCUUCUGGCGCCGGUGACCCCCGCUGCCAGAUCUACCUGGUCAUGGGCAAGACCGACCCCAACAACAGCGACACCUACAAGCAGCAAUCUGUCGUCCUGGUGCCCGCUGGCACCCGCGGUAUCACUGUCAACCGCAUGCUGCACAACGUCCGCGUUCCCCUCUCUGCCAUGGUCCUCGGCGAGGGCCGUGGAUUCGAGAUCAUCCAGGGCCGCCUUGGCCCCGGCCGCAUCCACCACGCCAUGCGCACGAUCGGUGCCGCCGAGAAAGCUCUCGAGUGGAUGAUCAACCGCAUCAACGACGACAAAAAGCAGACCUUUGGCAAGCCCCUCGCCUCGCACGGCGUUAUCCUGGAAUGGGUUGCCAAGUCGCGGAUUGAGGUUGAUUCGGCCCGCUUGAUCGUUCUAAACGCCGCUAUUAAGAUCGACCAGGGCGAUGCUAAGUCUGCCUUGAAGGAGAUUGCCCAGGCGAAGGUCCUGGUCCCUCAGACUGCGCUGACUAUCAUUGAUCGCGCUAUUCAGUCUUACGGUGCUGCUGGUGUCUGCCAGGAUACCCCUCUUGCCUACCUCUGGGCUGGUAUCCGUACAUUGCGGAUCGCUGAUGGUCCUGAUGAGGUUCACUUGCAGCAACUUGGUCGCAGGGAAAACCGCUCGCGCAAGGACGCUAUUGCUGCUAAGCUGAAGUGGCAGCGCGAGGAGUCGGAUCGUCUGCUUUCGGCUGCUGGUUUUAAGAUUAAGAGUCACCUGUAA